UAUCAAAUAUGUGGCAUUUUGUGAAUGCUUGCAAUUGCCCCACUUCAAAAUAUGACCUAAAGUGCCUAUUGAUGCAGUACUACUGUGGGUAAUAAUUUUCUCUGAUUCUCUCUGGAAUCCAUCCUCACUGGACCGACUGUGGAGAGAGUGCAGCUUAGAGUAGGCGUGCGUCAGUGUUGACGACCGCACUCCAGCGGACCAAGCAAGCCAGCUAUCAUUGUAUUCUCUAGAAAUACAAUAUAAACCGCGUCCUGUAAUUCCAUGUCGACCAUAAAGGCCUUCGUGCAAAGAUGAAAACGUUAUCAAGAAGCGUUGACAUUACUGGUUUCUUUUUCACCGUCAAAUAUUGCCAAGUGUGACACUGACAGCAGCAUUGCCUGGCUAGCGCAUUAGCAACAUCUUCAGGAAUUCGCUAGCCUAGCUAAAUUAAUUGGCCGUAGCUACUCGUAGUUGUCCAAAGGCUCUGCAACAGCCAUGGGAAUACUUUUCACCAAGCUAUGGAGGCUUUUCAAUCAUCAAGAGCACAAGGUUAUUAUUGUGGGCCUGGACAAUGCAGGGAAGACCACCAUACUUUACCAGUUUUCUAUGAAUGAGGUGGUCCACACGUCUCCUACAAUAGGCAGCAACGUGGAGGAGAUAGUGGUGAACAACACACACUUCCUGAUGUGGGACAUCGGAGGACAGGAGUCACUGAGAUCCUCCUGGAACACGUACUACACUAACACAGAGUUUGUGAUAGUAGUGGUGGACAGCACAGACAGAGAGAGAAUCUCUGUCACCAAAGAGGAGCUCUACAGAAUGCUUGCACAUGAAGACCUGAAGAAGGCGGGCCUGCUGAUUUUUGCUAACAAACAGGAUGUGAAAGGCUGUAUGUCUGUGGCUGAGAUCUCCCAGAGCCUGCAGCUCACCUCAGUCAAAGACCACCAGUGGCAUAUCCAAGCCUGCUGCGCCCUCACUGGGGAGGGUUUGUGCCAGGGCCUGGAGUGGAUGAUGUCACGACUGCGGGUUAGAUGACCUUUGACGCUGAUCAACAACAACAGUGUGCUGUUCCUUUCUUCUCUCUACACCUUCAGUCCUGAGGGAUUGGGUGGUUGACAGGCGGCUCUUUUCCUCUCCAUGAGACUGACUUGACCCGGUUGGCCAGACUCCCUACCGGCCAGGAUGUUGUUUUUCUUCUGCGUGUUUAUUUCUUUCUACAGAACACUGAUCUGCUCUGACUGAGAACUGUGAACAACCAGAACUGUACCACUCUACCAUUUCAGGAUCCAUUCUGGAAAGAAAAACUAAACAAAAGACUCAUGAAAUCCGGUGUAUUUAAUUUCUGAAUCUGCACGCUUGGUUUUCAUACUAUAAGAAAAAAGGAAUGCUUGGGACAGCUCAGACUUAACAGGAGUCGUCUUUAGCUGUGUGUGAGUGGGCUUGCCUGCCCAGAGUGGCCUUGUUGCAGUAUUGUCGGACGGCGUGAGGGGGUGGUAUUGCCCUGUGUGUACAGUCCAGUAUUUACAUUACAUCUGCAUCCCAAAUGGGAUAUAUAUAUAUAUAUAUCAGCAAAAAAAGAAACGUUCUCUCACUGUCAACUGCGUUUAUU